AAAUGGUUACCAAUAGCAAUUAUAAAGAGCAUACUGAUAAACGUGAAGGCCUGGCUAGUAGGCAAAAUGGCUUCGUUCAUAUGAACGUGAACUUGCGAGACAGACAGGUGAACAAAAGGCUGUGAACGCAGCAUGGUUUUAGGAUAACGCAAAAUCAGCAACUCGGAGAGCAAGUGCGCUAAGUAAAUCGGUUGCUGAACUUGUGUCGACGUGCAAUAAAGCUAAAGAAAUCUGAACAAACUAAGUGCGCGAUUUGAACGUAGCAGUACACAAUGCUUAAACAUGUUGAAUGAUACGUUUUUUUGAGUCAAACUCAACGAAAGAGAAGAUAUCAGCACACAUGUAGCGAAGCUGCAAAAGUUAUUUGUAGACCUAAAAGAUGAAUUAUCGAACCAUGAAGAGAAUAUUUCGUCUGAAAGAAUAUUAAAUGGUCGAAUCUUGUCUGUGCAAGAAAAUGAAUUUGAUAAUUAUUCAUUGAAAAACUUUGUGCUACGGAAUUCUAUUGCAUGAAUAAAACACAACAGAAUCAGCAGCAUUUUUAAAGCACGAAAAGGGGAACAAAAUAAGUCAAAGAGGAUUUCAAAAGAGCAAGCAAAGCAAAAAUUUCCGUGUAAUCCUAGGACACUGUGCAACGGAAUGUCCACACAACGGUCGUGACAACGCUAACGCGUAGAAAUAGAAGAAAAGAGAAAACGCUGUAUUUACUUCACACAUCACGCGUGCGUCUGCCGGAAACAACAGUGCUGCACAUAAAUGAUAUUGUGGCAGUGGUGAUACGAAGCAUAUCACUCCGAAUACAGUACUUUUUUGUACAGUGAUUUAUUUUAUUGGGAGAACACAGUACUGUUAUGCGUAAAUUUGAUCAAGGAACCUUUAAAGUUGAAAUUAGAUGACCCAUUGAAUAAUACAGUGCUAGAAUGGGAAAUCAGUAUGAAGAAAUGAACCAUUACACUGGCGCCAAAAACAGUUGCAUCUAAUAGCGCCAGUUUACUGCUGUUAUGUCUGGUCUGUAUUGAUGGAUAUGAUCUGUCAGUGACGUGGGGGUGUGUCAUUGUAUGUUUUGGUUAUAACUGAAAGCAGUCAUCACAAGGAUGAUAGAGAAUUUUCCGGAUGAACUGAUUAUUGAAAUAUUAUCACAUUUGUCAGCUCUCGACAUAGUUAAAGGUGCACAAUAUGUAUGCCAGCGAUGGCACAUACUCUGCAAGAGCCCAGCUGUUUGGAAAGGGAAGGAACAGAAGAUAGAUGGCAAGCAUAAUACACGUGAUGUUGUGGAGAUAGCAAAGGUGAUUCCUCAUAUAACUUCACUUUGUAUUGGAAAAUCGGACAAUUCAGACAAUUUCCAGGCUUGGUUCACUGGUUCACAUUUAUAUAUUUCCUCGUCUAUCGAGCGUGAUGAGCUGAAAUGCAUAGUAGACCAUCUAAACAUCAAGAACGUAUCAGCUCCAAGGUCUGUUAUAAGUCGGUGUCGCAGCAUACUCUUCACUGAUAACGUGAAAUUGGAAUCAUUAACGGUUUAUAUGGGUAACAGGCCACCUCCAGACAAAGAUGACACAUUUGAGCCGUUGGUAAAACAGGGAAGCCUGGCACAUCUAAGAGCACUGCAUUUCUUUGGUGCCAGAGCACUCAGUGCAGAUACAAUAUCCUUGUUAUGUCAAUCUUGCACCGAUCUAGAAGAGCUCUGUUUGCAUCAGUCAAAUAAUGUUACAUCAGAAGCACUGUAUAAUCUGAAGAAUUGCAGCAAACUGAAGAUUUUACAAAUUACAGACACCGCUGCUCUUAAGGACCUUUCAUUUUUAAAAUAUUGUCCGGGUGUCACUGAAUUGGAUAUCAGUCAGUGCUAUUCUUUGCGUCCAGCUGCAUUUCAGCACCUACUACAUUUGAAAAACCUGAAAAGGUUCCAUAUGAGGCAUUCUAAUGUAAAUGGUUUACCACUGUCUGCAAUGAGAGAGUCCAUGAAGCAGCUGAAGAUCAUCGACCUGUAUUAUUCUUAUGGAUACAGUGAACGUGAGGUGGUUCAGUUAAAACGGUUUGCACCUCAUAUAACAGUAUUAGAAGGCACAUUUAAUUUUGAUAAGCAUUGACAGUUCACAAACACACCUCAAAGAUAAAAUACAAAUGUCAUUCUAUUUAUAUAUCAGAAUAUAUAAAAUGUUCCCAAUAAAAUAAAUGUAUUUACAUGCUACUAGGUAAAUACUUAUAUUAUCAGAGCUCUCUGCCACUGUUUCCAGUAAAAUAAAUAAAUAUUUGUACAUGCUACUAACUAAAUACUUUUUGUCACUGCUUUCUCCCUGCCAGUGCAUCAAGUCACAAUAAAGGGGGAAACUAUCUGUAUAUUAUUGUAAGUAAUAAUUCUUUUCAAAAUAAUUAGCAAGAAUGAAAUGUAAUGUUAACAUUUCACAUCUGCUUAAAUUUAUCUGUUUUGUAUGUUUAUUUAGCGUGUUUCUUUAAGAUAUCAGUAUUUUUCUUUGUUCCGUUGUGCGACAAAAAUGCACAAAAUGAGUGUGUGUGUGUGUGUGUGUGUGUGUGUGUGUGUGUGUGUGUGUGUGUGUGUGUGUGUGUUUUAGAGAGAGAGAGAGAGAGAGAGAGAGAGAGAGAGAGAGUUCUGUGAUAGAAUUUUUAUCUAAAAGCUCAACUGCUAAUUGACCUUUCCUACAUGCCUGUUUGCUGCUCAAAACCUCAUCAAGGUAAGAUCUUCUACACCAUACUUACUCCACUGUUUUGAAUGUUAGUGACUUGGCUACAUAAUGUUGGCAUGCAAGGAGGAUGCGACUUGUAAAAUAUGUGGCAAUGCCAUUUUGAAGGAUUAUGUGUCUGCAGUUGUGAUCAAGAUGCUUCGGGAACAUUUUGAUAUGCAACAGAGUGCUUCUCAGUAAGCAAAUGACGGUACAAGAAGUAAGGAUAAUGAGGCAGGUUCUAUAUGCCAAAGUGAAAAUGACCUCUAAUGCUGUGCAGUCACUGCUGUUCCCCACAUAAUUUGUUUGAGCACUUAGGAACUUGUCAAGAAGUUCGAGGCCCUAUCUGGCUCAGGCAAGUAUUGGUAGCACAUACACCACUAUUUCUUUCCCAGCUUUCUGUAGAUACCAACAGCACUCAUGGUGCCAUGUCUUUUCAGUUAGCUGGCAAAGGUAAUCAUCAGGUGUCACCUGUGAAAUCUUCUCUGUAGUCAUCAGAGUAAAAGCUGGAGCUAUAAACAAACCAAACAUUAAGGAUGUGAGUCACAAGCCAGUAGACAACAAAAUGCUUGUUUUCAACUGAUGAUUUUGAUGGAGGAGCAUUACAAAAUCAGCAUGAAGACAUCAUCUAAAUCUCAAGUAGCUCUUUUUUCCUUCCUCCACCAUCCAUUUAAUUUCAGAAUGCCCACCUUAGCAGAAAUGAAAUGUAAAAGAGGAACCUCAUGCAUAAAAUUUCUCCCAUUCUUCAAUAGUGCACAAAUAGCUUUAAGGAAUGUGAAGAGACUUUAACUUACACGACAACUUCUGCUUAUACUCUUAGGAAACAUUUGCAGAGACGCUGAUAUCCAUGCCCUGAGUUGUUAUGUCAUCCCACAAAUGACGGCAGUGCAGAUAUAGAAAAAACAGAGGAAUGGAAAUCUUUGUGAAUGACAUACCUUUCCUGUCUUUGAUUGUCCACAGUUCCUGCCUAAGAUUGUGAGAGAGAUACUUCCAAGGUAGAUUUCUAACUGUCUUCUUAUGCAGAAAUGUAAAAUUGACUUCACUGUUUACUUGAUCAUCAUGUUUUCCUUACAAAAGCUCUGUAUUAUAAACUAUGUACUGUAAGUUCCAUUCUUGAAGCAGUCCAACAUUUUUUGUAUGUAAAUAGUAUUUUAUUUUAAAUUGUUUGUCAUGUUUAGUGGGAAAUCAUUGAAAUGCAUAUCAGAAAUAUUGUGCCCCAAGAACAAAAUAUGAUGACACUCCACACUUUACAUCCCCUCAGUUAAAGUUUUUCUUUAUUUCAUGUCACUAGAAAAAUCGUUUCUGCUUCUUGUCUCCUUGAGAAAAAUGGAACUACUGAAAAUUUUUUUCCAAGAGUAUUGUGUUGUUCACACAAUCAUUUGAUUUUGUUUGAUUAAAUUCAAAACCUACUGUCCACAACACCUCAUUUAGCCAAGCAUAUAACUUAUACACAUCGAGAAGUGCAUGUUCUCUAGACACUCCUCUGUAAGAGUCAAAUAGCAGAUGUGACAAAUUACAUGCACAGAGAAUUAGUGCAGCUUUUUUUAUGUAUAUGAAUAGGAAAUAAAAGCAGAUAUUUCGUAAUGUGUCUUGUGAGACUCAAAAAACAAAAAAGAAGAAGAAGAAGACAUACAUGCACAGAGAAUUAUUGCAGCUUUUUCAUUUUAUUUUAUUUGCAGUGAUUUGUAAACAUGCAAACUGGUAGAGAGUUUGCAGUCAUCCACAUGCACAAAGAAAAGAGCCAUUUCAUAUGAGACUGAUCAUUUAGUUAAUUUUUAAAGUAAAAUUUGUAUUUAUUAAAAAUGGUCUUCAGUCUUGUUAUUAGUUAUACUGGUGAUUUGAAAGCCAUGUCUUCAGUUUCUGGUGAUCCUCAGAUUUUUUAAAAAUUACUGGGAAAAGCAAUAAUCUCCAGUCUUGUAACAGAAAGUAAGAAACUGCUUGAGAAAAUGAAAACAAAAAUGUGAUUGUUUACUUUAUUGCCAGUUCCAAGAGAGCUAUUUUAAAGCACAGCAGUGUAGUUUGGUCAUGUAUGCACUGAAAGAAAUUCAACUUUUAGUCACUUUCUCUCAAAGGCCUUAUAUAAUUCUCAACAACUUGGCUAAUUAUCUCAAGCAAGCAAGAUUGUCUCCUUACUUAUUAGCGACCUUUUCAAGAACUGCAGAAAAUGCCGGAUCGAGACUUGAACUCAGGUCCUUGGCCGGAUCGAGACUUGAACUCAGGACCUUGGCCUUUGCGGGCAAGUGCUCUACUGACUGAGGUACCCAAACAGGACUCAUCACUAGUUCUCACAACUUUAUUUCUGCCAGUACCUCAUUUUCUAGUUUCCAAACUUCAUAGAAACUGUCCUACAGAACUUGGAAGACUGGCACUCCUGGAAGAAAGGAUAUUGUGGAGAAAUGGCUUAGCCACAGUAUGAGGGAUGUUUCCAGAGUAAAAUUAUCACUCUGCAGUGGAGUGUGUGCUGAUAUGAAACUUCAUGGCUAAAACUGUGUGUUGGACUGAGACCUGAAUUUGGGACCUUUGCCUAUAACUGGCAAGUGCUCUUGAAGUACCCUUAUCUUCUGACCCUAAGGAAAAAAAGUUUACUUAUUUUACUGUCAGUCAAGUAAUUAUUCUUUUAUUAUUACUGUUAUUAUUAUUAUUAUUAUUAUUAUUAUUAUUAUUAUUAUUGAAGCUGUUUCACUUUACGCUCAACAGUAGCGAAAUGUGCCAGAACUUAUAACAAGUUACUGCUGAAUAUUUACACUUGAACAAAUGUUUUUAUGAGAUACAAAUUAUCCGUGCCACACACAUGUAAGACACACGUAAGUCAUCCAACAAAUUAUUAGAAAGUGCUAUCUUACUACUACAAUGGGCUAAUAUCCCAUUAAAAGUUUGUUGACAAUAGAAUAGCAUCAUUUCAAGGAGGCUAGAAAUGAAUAAAUUAAUAAAACAAAUGUUUAUAGAAUUUUGACAGUGUUUUUCCACUGCAGGCAUUAUGUAAACAAUAGCUAAUUUCAGUAACUGAACACUUGAGUGCUGAAAUUUACUGUGGUAGGCCAUGAUACCUUGUGGAAGGCGACCAAACUAUUGGUAUGUGUAUCUUUCACGUUAUCUCAGUUUGUAAGCAGACAGAAGUUACCAGUUCUGUGUGUCACAUAUGACAAGCAGGAUGUGAAUAGAUUAAAAAUCAUUUUGUUUGUAGGAGAAAACAGUCUGAUAUUUUUUGUUGACACUGGGUGUCACACUAAACAUGUGAUGAACAAUAUUUGUUUGGGCUGACUCUAACUACCACCUACAAAAAUGUGCAUACCUGCCAAAAGACAUAAUAUAAUUGUGUUUCUUUUAAGAGUUCACUGUCGUCUUGGUGUUGUGGAUACUUUUAAUGUGUCUCAAGGCAUUCUUCAGGAAAUAAUAUUAUUGUAGAUAGUGAAUUUUGUAUCUUGGAUGUGACUGUUCUUCAUCCAGAUAAAUUGAUUAUUGCCACUCCAUCUCUGAUUUUGAUAUUUUGUUGAGAAAGAGAACAGUACUAUUUUCUAGGACAAGUUGUCUAUACUGUAGAAUUCUUGUCAAGUGUACCUGAUAAAUGUAUGUGUUCAGAUAUUUGGUUUACUGUCAUGGAAUUACUCUCUGCUGCAAGUCUUUUCUGCAUUGCUGUUUGUGAAGCUCAAUUUGAUGAUGCACUAUUAUGCAUUUUUCUCACAGUGUAGUUAUCUACUAAUUCACAGAGUAAUUAUCUACUAAAGGAUAAUCUGUAAUUAUCUGUAUAAUAAUAAUAAUAAUAAUAAUAAUAAUAAUAAUAAUAAUCUGUAUUAUCUGUGGCUGAGUUUUUGUUUAGUUGUACCAUGGUUGGAAUACGCUCUGCCUGUGUACUUUUACUCAUAUUUCAUGGAAAGCAGUCGCUAGGAAAUAAAAGGAACUCAAAGGUAUACACUUAUUUAACUGUGUGGCAACUGCACCCACUAAUAUGUUGUUUGACGCAUACGUCAUGCCGCAAGUAUUUGGUUUCGUGCUGUCAAUUGAGGUCCCUCUGAGGCUGCAGGGAAUGCUGGUUUUUUUUGCCAUCAUUGCAGCACUUGUUUAGUCCUUGUGUUUUGCAACAUACUUGUCAUGCCUCCUCUGUGUCUUUACUGUUACAGAACUGCCAUUCAUGUUUUUUCAUUGUACAGCUUAGUUACAGAUAAACAGUCAAGCUUAUACUCUCUCUCA